UCAAUGCAACCCUGAUAAGUCUGCAACAGCAGUCUCUGAGUCCAUAAAUGUCAUCUAUCUGUCAUAUGAGAAUACUGCAUGUAUGUACAUGUUUACUUGAGAGCCCAGCUUUUAAACUCUAAUGUGGAAAGACAAUAUGCUUGAAAGACAUGCACCUAAAUAGACCUGCUUGACUCCUUCCCAACCCAUAUCUCAUGCUGUCGUGAACAUAACACUUCUGUGACGGUUAAGCUAAGUGAAAUAUUAUUUACAAAAUUUCCCCUGAGUCACAAAUUUCUCCUGCAGCAGUAAAUUAGCUCCUCGUGCAGGCUCCUUUCAAAACGUGAGUGCAUCAGAGAGUCAUAUUGCUUCAGUGCGUCCUGCCAGGAAAACAGGAAUCUCAUCUCACUCUGUCACAGAUAGUAAAAUUAGAUGAGGCUGCAGUGCAACUAUCGCGGUUGAGCUGUGCUGCACAGUCAAUACUGUAUGUUGCGUUUCUACCGUCUUACAGCGACAUGAGGAAUUAAUACCCGAGGAUCCCACGCGGAAUAGAGGAAUCGGCAAACGGAUCGCGAGCGCACAUCUGACAGCGUGUAAAACACCAUGUGCCUAACACGUCUGAUCUUUACUGUUCAUUUACGCAGAGAAAAAUGUGGAAAACGGUAAGCAGAGUUCAGUGUGUAAUCCGCUGUUGCUGCAUCGGUUGCGUCUUGGCACAAAGUUUUGACGCACGUCCUGUGUAAGCUCUGCGGCCACGCUCAGGAGGCACCUGAGGAAUUUGUUGCUCGGGCCAAGGUGGGACGGUCCUGCCUCGUGAGUACACGAAGCGCGCGCUCCUGUCUCCAUAUCACUGACACUUGAAUUAAUUCCCCGGCUUCACGGGACGGACAUGCAUUACGAAACGUGCACGAGCAGCGAAGGUAAAGCUUCGAACAUGCACGCAGAUAACCAUCAAAUGACACCCAACACGUGCUGUCAUAUUUAGCUGGUCCGGAUCCAAAAUUUAUUCCGGGCUUUGUCGCGCGCCGGAGCUGCUUGAGAACAAGCGCAGCUUACAAGCCUGUUUGUGUUUGCACCUUGCUGUCAGCUUCUGGGGAAGCACUUUGUAAAAUGAAGUUGGGAAGCAUCAUUUUGUUCGUUGCUGUUUGCUCUUUCACCGCUUAUUAUAUUUAUGAGCCAAUUCCUGAGGACAUAGAAGAAAGAUGGAAACUCAUGCUGACCAACUCUUUCUUCAGGAGUCUCAGCCACCUGGCAGACCUCAGUGAGCUACUGGGGCUGAAGGACUACAUGGGGGUGAUGUACUUCAUCACUCUGCUUGAAAAGGUAGAACCGGUGUCUGACGAGCACGUCAAGGUGACAGUGGAAACGUUUGAUGGAGUUGAGGUGAUGCUGUAUCAGCCAAAGCAGCGGGGCGGUGAUGUCGAGCUCAGGAGAGCCGUCAUAUACCUUCACGGAGGAGGAUGGUGCCUGGGUAGCACCCGGAUGAGCCCGUAUGAUCUUUUGGCAAGAACAAUGGUAACUGAGCUGGAUGCAGUGGUUCUCUCUGUAGAGUACCGUCUUGCCCCUGCUCACCAUUUCCCUGUCCCAUAUGAGGACGUGUACCGUGUGGUCAAACACUUUCUCCAGAAGGGGGUGCUGGUUCAGUACUCUGUGGACCCAGGACGCAUUGCUGUGUCUGGGGAUAGUGCAGGGGGAAACCUGGCAGCUGCUGUCUCUCAGCAGUUGAAAAAAGAGCCAGGACAGCAGAUCAAGUUGAAGGCCCAAGCACUCAUCUACCCAGUGUUGCAGGCCCUGGAUCUUAACACGCCAUCCUACCAGCAAAAUCGGGACAUGCCAAUUCUGCCACGUACCCUAAUGGUGCGUUUCUGGAGUGAGUACUUCACCAGCGAUAAAGCCUUUUUCAGAGCCAUGAUGGCCAAUACUCAUAACGGCCCUGAGUCUUCAAGCCUGCUGAAGUUUGUCAACUGGAGCGCCUUUCUGCCAGAGACAUAUCAUGGGAAGUACAACUACAGUGCUCCUGCUGUGGUGCAGGGUGUCAGGGAUGACGUUGGGAUGGAUGGCCCUUCUCGGUCUCUGGCUGAUCCCAGGGCGUCGCCCCUGCUGGUUCCAGACACGGACCUACACUCUCUGCCAAAGGCCUACAUACUGACAUGUGAGUAUGACGUCCUGCGAGACGAUGGGAUCAUGUACGCCACGCGGCUCCGCGCUGCUGGUGUUGAGGUGACACACGAACAUUAUGAUGCGGGAUUUCACGGUGGGCUGAUGUUCACAGUGUGGCCGACUGACUUCCUGAUCGCACAUCGCAUGACAGACAACUAUAUCAAAUGGCUCAAGGAAAACUUGUAAGAACUCUUGACUAUUGAAAUCCAUUCCAUUUGUUCCAAACAAUGCACCGUUAAUUGGUCAUGUGCACAUUUUCCCCAUCUUCUGUCUUUUAUUUCUUUGUUUCUGAGCUUUUUUCUGUAAAUAUUUAGAGAAAGAUGUUUCCUGACUUACUAUUUUCCUAGAUAGAUGAAUACCAGCUUGAGAAGCAGAUUUGAAAAUUAUCCUUCAGAUAACUUUCCAGAAAACAAAUUGAGUCAAACACAGCAACAUCUCUCAGGAGAAUUUUUCUUUUGUCCAAAAUAUAUCAUACUGCACUGUUUAAAGGGCUCACAAAAGUUGUUUUGUGAGUGGUGGCAGCUGCUCAUUUUUGUUUCCACCAAAGGAACUGCUUACCAGUUGAGUAAAUAUGAAUAAUAAAAGUUAGCAAUGCAUAAAACAAAACGUUUUCCCCCCUUGAAGCCAGCUUAGGUCAGUGCAGUUAGGUCGGAGAUGAAUUUCAGAGGAGGAAAUAUCAAGAAUCACUUUGGCCAAAGUUGACAUUUAACACUGAGGACAGCUGAUACUGGAACUGUUUGUCAUGCAUAUUGUCAUUGCAAAACCCAACUUCCUGCACAUCUAACAUUGCAUUACAGAUUGUCAAAUCUGUUGCUGUUGGAUUAAGCAUCCGUUUACACAGAAAUUGAACUGUCCCUUAGUUGUGUCAUCUAUCCAGUUUGGCACACAGGCAGAUCAUGGUUGUAAAUAGUAAAUGAUGUAAUUGAAUGAAAGUAUCCUCCUUGGCACAUCUUCAUGCAUCUAGUCUUAUUGCUGUUCAUUUGCAGACGUGUAGAAUAUUUGAUAAUGACUUCUUUGGCUUUAAAAAUCUUUGCACAUCAGGGCUAAAAUUGACUUAAAAAACUGCUCAUUCACAUUCCAAAGAAAAUAAUGGUAUAUAUAUAUAUAUAUAUAUAUGAGCAAAGACAAUGUUGUAACAAUAUACCUCUCAACCAUUAUUCACAC